AAAAACACACUGUCAAUCUGGGCGUUGGGAACCUGUGACUCAUUCGGUAUCGGUCCUGUCCCUCUGCCAGCAGGACGGCAGGGGCCACUUCAUUCUCGGAAUCGCUUCUUCGGACAGUAUGGAGAACAAGUUCUGCGUCUUGCGCGCAGCUCUAUGUCCUGGGAAAUACUUCAGGGCAACAGACACUAGCCUACCUCUACCUCUGUGGGGACAUAAAACAUGCGACACCUAAGUCAGGGUGUCUCAGUAGGUGAACACAAACUCAAACAGGGAACUCCCUCGACGUGUUCAGGCUGUUUCUCCGCUGAGCGCACACUCUCCCAGAAACCGUGAACAUGCCUUCGGAUCUGUCUUCCUCUAAAGCCUUCUACAUCGGGAUGGAGGUGGUGAUCGCCGUGUCGUCGGUCAUCGGUAACGUGAUGGUGGUCUGGGCUGUGCGUAUUAACCGCUCUCUGAGAGAUACAACGUUUUGUUUCAUCGUCUCCCUGGCCUUGGCUGACAUUGCAGUCGGCGCUCUUGUCAUCCCCCUCGCCAUAACCAUCAGCAUCGGACUCAAGACGCACUUCUACAGCUGCCUGCUGGUCGCCUGCACGGUGCUCGUCCUCACUCAAAGUUCAAUCCUGGCGCUCCUGGCCAUCGCCAUCGACCGCUAUCUGAGAGUGAAAAUACCCAUGAGCUACAAGCGGGUGGUGACUCCUCGGCGAGCUGGCACGGCAGUGUUAUUGUGUUGGCUGGUGUCCAUCAUCGUAGGCCUCAUGCCCAUGUUGGGCUGGAAUAACCUUCAGUUUCUCCGAGACAAUGGUUCCCUGAUCACUGAUGACCUCUUGGUUACCUGUGAGUUUGAGACAGUCAUCAGUAUGAAGUACAUGGUCUACUUCAACUUCUUUGGCUGGGUGCUUCCCCCUCUGCUCCUCAUGCUCGCCAUCUAUGUUGAAAUUUUCUACAUGAUCCACAAGCAGCUCAACAAGAAGGUGAGAUCUUUGUCGUCUUCUAGCCACACAGACCCCAGCCGUUACUUUGGCAAAGAGCUCAAGCUAGCCAAGUCGCUCGCCCUUGUUCUUUUCCUCUUUGCAGUCAGCUGGCUCCCUCUUCACAUCCUGAACUGCAUCACCCUCUUUUGCCCUGCCUGUGAAAAGCCGAUGUUCCUCGUUUACAUCGCCAUCAUCCUUACCCACGGCAACUCGGCCGUCAACCCCAUUGUGUACGCUUUCCGUAUUAAGAAAUUCCGCACAGCGUUCCGUAAAAUCUGGAAACAGUACAUGCUUUGUCAGGAUCCAGUGGGUCGGCUUCCUCAAAGAGGGAGCCAGAGAGGACAAAGUCAUGAGAGAAGGCUAAGGCAGAAUGAUGAUGAUGAUGAUGAUGUGUGACUUUUGGCAACUAAUUGGAUUGCUGUGUAACUGUUAAGUUUCACUCCACUGGUUCACAGAAUGGACAAGACUCUGGCUUUAUUUUCAUGCUCGAGGGAUUACUGGUCAAAACGGCCUUAAUGGCAUUGAAGCAUGUCAGAGGGAUGAAAGAGAUCAGGGAACUCGAUCGUGGACUGUCCAGCACACUCUAAGGAGGGCAGAAUGACGAAUCGGCAUGGAGACAUUAUAAAUCAGACUUUGAUGUAAAUAAGACUGAUUGAUUAUUUCUCCAAUGGCUGACAAAAUGAAGAUGAUGCCAUAUGAGAUAAGGGGCUUCUCAUCAAUUUUCAACACCAACCUGUUGAACUUGAAUAACUACAGUAAGUGUAUAUCUGUAGCACAUUCGGUACAAGAGUAGUGUAUGCUGUAUUGUAUUUUUUGACCUGAAUUAAAAUUCAUGGCCUUUUUUUAGGUGAAUAAUCUCAAAUAGUUAAGCAUUGUAUUAUGGGCCUCAUUUACAUGCUUAGUUAUGUGGCCUUAAGGACAGGUCAUGUAAUGAUAGGAACUAAGUGCAUUGUGUUAAUAGUGUGAAUCUGGUAAACCAGUGGUGGGCAAGCAGGAAGUUUGUGCCACCAGCUGGGUGCUCUGAGAUGGACACAGGAUGGACUGUAUGCUGGCUGCAUGGAUCAAAAUAUAUCCAAUUGACCAAUUUGGAAUUACAACACAGGAUCUUCGGUGAGAUGAACAUGUGGUCUGACUGUGCUAAUGUCAGUUGCACAGUAACCCAUUAACUGAUGACCCUUACAGAUGUGUAGUGCUAUCCAGCGCAUGUGAAGGUUAUGUUUUUUUUUUUACGUUUUUGAGACCAUUUGACUGACAGAUACUAGCUAGUAGUUGUAGCAGCUGAAAACAGCAGCCAUGCUAAAAGAAAAAAUACUUAAUGCUCCUCUUGAAAUAUUUGUGGACAUGGAAAAUGGUCAAAAACUGUAGAGCUACCUAUUAGUAACUAUAUAACUGUAGCUACUGUGAAUCUAAGGAAUGUUGGAGCUCCUCCCGUCCAAUAAGCUUCAUUAGAUCUGGGUAAUAAUAAUUUUAACCCUGUAAUGUACCUCUACUGUACAUGUACCACCAGGUCCACAUGUACCACCAGGUCCACAUGUACCACCAGGUCCUUUCCACUACCAGCAGGUGUUUUCAACUUUUUACACCCCCCCACCCCAAAAUAAGAUCAUUUGAAUUAAUACAUGUUGAGAUGGGACUGCUGACAAUUAUAAUAUGUACUGUAUGUAACUAGAAGAUACUGUAUAAAAUUCACCUCACUAAGCCAACACCUGUUUAUCUCUGACACGUCCUCUUACAGCUGUUGAUUGAGUUGGCAAAUUGGGAAAUCCAUCCUUCAAGCAUCUCAUUAGAUUUUUUUAAUGACAAAUGGAGACAGGAAGGUAAGUAACAAAUGUAACAGCAUAUGGUGAGCCCUGAUCUAAAUUCCUAAUGCUGUACGUGCAUUGGCAAGUGGAAGCAUCAAAACCCACUCUGUUUAUGACAGAAAUAGCAUCUCACUAUCUCCCCAUGCUUCUCUGUAUCAAGGCUAAAGCCAUCAGUGGUGAGGGGCCAUUUUUUUUUGUUCCAACAUUGAUCUUCUGUCACUUGACAAAGAGAGCUUCUCGUGUAAAUAAUUGAGGAGGUUAUGAGGGUGUAGAAGUCCAGGGGUAAGGUAAGACAGGGUGGAAGGAUUAUUCGGUUUACAAGGGAACCAGAAGGCAAGAGUGCAGCUGAGGAAAUUAUCAAGAGUUUACGUCUCUGUGGAGGUCAACAGAGAGGCCACCAUGUUGCUUUCCCAUCAAAUAAACAGGCCUGUUAAUGUGACCCUGUUGAUGUCUGUCUUAACUUCUGUGGCAUUGUGUACAUAUACAGUAGUAUACACACACACACACACACACACACACACACACACACACACACACACACACA